AUGGAUCACCUCAAGAGGACAUUUGCACGAUGCCAAAAGGAAGGCCGCCCGGCACUGAUUACCUAUGUGACGGCCGGAUUUCCCCGAGUCGAUGAAACUCGGGACAUUCUCCUGGGCAUGGAAGCCGGAGGCGCUGACAUUAUCGAGCUCGGUUUGCCCUUUACCGACCCAAUCGCCGAUGGCCCGACCAUCCAAAAAUCCAACUUGGUGGCGCUGCAAAACGGCGUUACCAUCUCGUCCAUGUUGGAUACGGUCCAUGAUGCCCGCCAACAUGGCCUGAAAGCACCCAUCAUUCUCAUGGGAUAUUACAACCCCAUCCUAAGCUACGGUGAAUCCAAGCUCUUCGCGGAUUGCAAGGAAGCCGGAGUCAAUGGUUUCAUCCUUGUCGAUCUGCCUUUGAAGGAGGCAGUCCGAUUCCGCGAGGGCUGUGUCAAAACAGGUCUCUCCUACGUGCCACUCAUUGCACCCUCCACCACUGAGGAGCGCAUGAAGACCCUCUGCGAGAUCGCUGAUUCUUUUAUCUACCUUGUUUCUCGCAUGGGCGUGACCGGCGCCACUGGUACUUUGAACACUGAGCUUCCUGCUCUCAUCAAGCACGUUAAGGAGCUGUCGGGCAACGUUCCUGUGGCCGUAGGAUUUGGCAUUAGCACACGGGAGCAUUUCUUGAGCGUCACUUCCAUCGCUGACGGUGGGGUCAUUGGAAGUCAGAUAAUCAAUGUGCUAAAUAGUGCCCGAACUGGUGAGGCCGCGAGUGCAGUCAAGGACUACUGCUUCAAAAUUACACACCGAAAGGUUGCUCAUGAUGACUCAAUUGCUGCAGAUGUGCAGGCUCCGGAGACCAGUGUGCCCUGCCCGGUUGCCCGGGAAGAGGCGGUUGCCCAGGAAGAGACAGCUACUCUUGUCGAUGGUUUGGGACGAUUUGGAGACUUCGGUGGCCAGUAUGCUCCAGAGGCUUUGACAACCUGUUUGGAUGAACUGAACGCCGGGUUUGAAGCGGUGCGAAAUGAUCCAACCUUCUGGGCAGAGUUCAAGUCCCACUACCCUUACAUGGGUAGGCCAUCUAGUCUGCAUCUAGCUCCGCGACUCACCGAGCACGUGGGCGGGGCCAACAUUUGGCUCAAGCGCGAAGAUUUGAAUCACACGGGAUCUCACAAGAUCAACAAUGCUUUGGGCCAGAUUCUUCUCGCUCGUCGACUCGGUAAGACUGAGAUCAUCGCCGAGACCGGCGCAGGCCAACAUGGAGUGGCUACAGCUACUGUCUGCGCAAAAUUCGGAAUGAAAUGCACUAUCUACAUGGGUGCGGAGGAUGUUCGUCGGCAGGCAUUGAAUGUUUUCCGGAUUCGCUUGCUGGGUGCUACCGUUGUCCCUGUCGAGUCCGGAUCGCGUACACUCCGAGACGCUGUGAACGAAGCUUUCCGUGCCUGGAUUGCCCGCCUAGACACCACGCAUUACAUUAUCGGCUCGGCCAUUGGUCCUCAUCCAUACCCGACAAUGGUUCGCACGUUCCAAAGUGUGAUCGGAAAUGAGACCAAGGCCCAGAUGCGUGAGUUGGGUAAGACCCCUGAUGCCGUGGUCGCAUGCGUGGGAGGUGGCUCGAACGCCACGGGGAUGUUUUACCCCUUCUCUGACGACGCUUCUGUUCAACUAGUUGGUGUCGAAGCUAGUGGGGAUGGUCUGGACACGGCACGCCAUUCCGCCACUCUCACUGCCGGUACAAUCGGCGUUCUGCACGGAGUUCGGACCUAUGUCCUGCAAGAUAGACAUGGUCAGAUCUCGAACACCCAUUCCGUCUCCGCAGGUCUUGAUUACCCAGGCGUAGGCCCGGAAUUGGCUCACUGGAAGGACAGUAAUCGAGCUACAUUCAUCUCGGCCACCGAUGCCCAGGCUUUUGAGGGCUUCCGACUGCUGAGCCAGUUCGAAGGGAUCAUUCCCGCACUGGAGACCUCCCAUGCCGUUUGGGGGGCUAUCGAGACUGCCAAGAAGCUGGGACCAGGCAAGGAUCUCGUCUUGUGCGUUUCUGGUCGCGGCGACAAGGAUGUCCAGAGCGUCGCUGACGGUUUGCCCACCCUGGGCCCUCGCAUCGGUUGGGACCUGCGUUUCUAA